AUGGCGGAACUCCUUACUCUUUGUGUUAUUUCGUUAUUCUUCUUCCAAGUUCAAACGGAUGAACAAAUUGUCACUAACAUGACCAAAGUCAAAGGUAGCUCUAUUUACUUCAAAUCCUUCUUGGCAUCGUAUGCAGUGGACGGCGAUUUCAAUCAAAAUAAUAUAAGGCGCUGCUUUCAUACUGCUGUGAAGAAAACAAUAAAAGAAGCGUGGCUUCAAAUAGACCUAGGAAGAGUAUAUAGGGUCAGCUCAGUCAAACUCUGGUACAGGAGUACUAACAUAUAUGGAUCCACUUAUGACAACAAAAAAUCACGACUCCCGGGUUUUUCAAUCCGUGUGUCUAAUGAUACCACUGUACCAACAUCACGCUCAUCAUGUUACACCUCUUCAAAAUAUGACGCCAUGCCGACCAUUAUAGAGAAGGAAUGUAAAAGAACAACCAGAUACGUUUGGAUUUAUCAGGAUCAGACAUCUUCAGGAGAAAAAUGCCCGAUCCUAGAAAUCUGCGAAAUCCAAGUUUUUGUUCAACCACCCGGACUUAUGCAUUCCCUUAUGACUAUAAGUUCCACGACUGAACGCUUGGGGAAUGCUUCGCAGCAGUUGAACAGUAUAAUAGAAGAUGGAAAACAGGAUACGAAAGUGUUCCAGGAAACCGUAAGUGGAAUUCUGCACAUGAUGAAAAACACAACAUUUUCAAUCAAGGGAAUAAGUGCAGGGGACCUUAACUCAACAUUGGACAUCUUAGAGAAGAUUGUUAACACCACUGGACCAGACAUAGAAAACGAGGUUUUCUACGCCGUGAUUGACAAUAUUUUAUCAACGAACAACUCGAAAUCGUGGACUACCCUCAUAAAAAAGAAAGGAAAACGCGCUAGCUCAAUAUUAAAGAAUAUGGAUCAUCUUAAUGAGAUUUUGAUGCAAAAAGACAAUUUAACAACGCCAAGGUUUUGUGGCUCCAAUAUUGAACUGACUAUUAACGAAACAAAUCUCGAUGAAAGCGAUAUUCGUUUUCCGGAUAUAUUAUCAAACAAUACUUCGGAUAAUGACAACGAAAUGCCGACUUUUCUAGAACUACCAAAGCAACACAUAAAUGUUCCAAAGGACAUGCGAUGUGUGGCUAUAAUAUACAAAACCCUACCAGAUUUGCUGUCAAAGGAAAAUCACAGGAACGAAAAACUAGAAAUUCAGACGGGGGAAUCCACAACAAAUACAUUUGUCAAUUCUCCCAUUCUCUCCCUGACUACACAGAAUGAUGUCGGAAUAUUGGAUCCACCCCUAGCAUUAACGUUCAGGCAUAUCGUUAAUAAUGAAUCAAAUGAAUUGCAUCCAGUGUGCGUUUCCUGGGAUUUUAAAACAAGCAAAUGGACGGAGAGGGGUUGCAAAGUGAAACAGAGUGAUCACCAAAAAACAGUAUGUCUGUGUAACCAUCUCACAAACUUUGCCAUUUUGAUGAGACCGUAUUUUUCGGUGAAAGAAGAAAGCAACAUCUUGAAAACGAUGUCCUUUGUUGGUGUGGUUCUCUCGAUAGCGUUUGCGUUCAUAACGUUUGUAAUCUACAUCAUGACUUGGAGAUAUAUCAAAAGUGAACAAAAUAUCAUGAUGCUGAAUAUGUGUGGAGCCUUGAUUAUGUCCCUUGUUAUGUUCAUUACAACUGUGGAGGAAACACAUGACGGGAACCUUUGUGUUGCGAUAACGGCCAUAAUCCAUUACCUCUUCCUAGUUACUUUCUGCAGUAUGCUUGGCAUUGGUGUCUAUUUAUUUAUGAGCAUAACAGUUACAUACUAUGCAAUGUACGUUGCAAACAACUUCAAGUCAAAACCCAGAAUCCAUUGGUUUCUGAUUGGAGCAUGGGGUUUGCCAGCCAUUAUUACAGCAACUAACCUUGGGGUAUUCUGGGGAAAAGGAUAUCACUUAAAAAACUAUUGUUGGUUAUCCAUGAAAAGUGGAUCUCUCUACCUGUUCAUCAUCCCAGUAUGUUUGAUAAAUAUACUUAACAUCCUGAUAAUUGUUUCUUUGCUGCGGGUAUUAUAUGCUUCAAGAACAAUGUCAAAAUCUUCACUCCAGCAAAAAGCUUCAUCCGGUUUACGAUCCCUCGGUACCCUCGUCCCAGUGCUUGGUGUGACCUGGAUAUUAGGCAUGUUCGCAGUGGACCAUAAAACAGACAUUUUUCAGUACAUAUUUGUCAUUGCAAACUCUCUACAGGGGGUUUUCAUUUUUGUCACUCACGUCUUACUUAACAAAAAGGUAAGGCAAGGAUUGUGCAACACGUUUCAAAAACUAAAAACAAUGACAACGUCUUCUGGCCAGAACAUGAAAACAUCUCCCACACAAAGUCAGCCAUUGUCUACAACAAACGCGCCCAUGUUGAAAAACAAGGAAAAUGCUUUGAAUGAAACAAUAUGCAGUGAAAAUGCAGAGAAAUCAAAGUUGAUGUUGGCAGAAAAAGCAGAGGUCAUGGAAACACCGGACAUUCUUCAAGCCACCGAGUGGGGGAAGGAAACGAUUCAUAACACUAGUUUUCUUUAUACGUAUAACAUGUCCCGUGGUCCGAAAUAAAAAAAAAAUCCUUAUUUGGUCAU